AUGUGGCGUCAAGGUCAGAAGCUUGUGCGGCGAGCCUCGGUAUCAAAGCAUAGCUGCAGUAUCAGACAAAUCAUUACUGGUUCAGCGUCAUUGUCGAGCCCAAGCGUGUCGAUAUGGAGGCGCAAGAAAGAAAUGGGGAAAGAAGGUUUGAUGGUUGCCAAGGAGCUUAAGCGCUUGCAGUCGAACACUGUUAGGUUUGAGCGUUUUAUGAAGUCGCAUGUCUCUCGUCUACUCAAAUCAGACCUCGUUUCCGUUCUUGCUGAGUUUCAAAGACAGGAUCUCGUUUACCUAUCCAUGAGGUUGUAUGAGGCUGUGCGCAAAGAAAUAUGGUACCAGCCAGACAUGUUCUUUUACAGGGAUAUGCUUUUCAUGCUCGCAAGAAACAAAAAGGUAGACGAAACAAAGAAAGUAUGGGAAGAUUUGAAGAAAGAAGGCGUACUUUUCGAUCAGCAUACAUUUGGCGAUCUUGUCAGGGCUUUUCUAGAUGGUGGAUUACCUUCAGAGGCAAUGCACAUAUAUGAUGAAAUGAGGCGCUCUCCUGAUCCUCCUAUGUCUUUACCUUAUCGUGUUAUGUUAAAGGGGCUUCUUCCUUACCCCAUAUUGAGAGAAAAAGUGAAGGAUGAUUUUCUGGAACUGUUCCCAGAUAUUGUAGUUUAUGAUCCACCUGAAGAUCUAUUUGACGAGGAAGAAUGGAGAAAGGAGAGCGAUGAUGAUUAGAGUAUGCUGUCCACUUGAAUUUUCUCAAUGGAUUUAAAUCUUCCUCUGGUCAAGAAGAUAGUGGCUUGAUAUAAAUAGGGAGUGUUCUGUCAGAAUAUCAUGAAAUUGCUUAAGCUGCUGAACAGAUGGGUGGUUCUGCCUUUGAGAAUUUGAAAUGUGACCCAGGAGAACCGUGGAAAAUUGGAAGAUUUGAUGCUGGUACGAGCUUACGUAUAAUAUUCAAACUGAAGGUUGGCAUUUUCUGCAGUUUGUGUCGGAAGCGAACCUGCCAACUUUCUAGGUUCCUCCUUAUUAAGGUUCACUCUGAUCAAAAGUUAAUGAAGUCCUCCUGUCAUUGUCACUAGACAUUAUCACCAUCUCAUUUAGUUAUUCCUAUGAGAUGGUGAAUGUUAGGAUAAAUGAUUAAGUUGAACUUACUGUGCCGUCUGAAUCAACCUUUUGUUUACAAAUUAGUUUAGCUGUUGGAUGAGUCCUCAUUUAAAUUUAAAUUUAGUCAGAUAAGUCUAGUUGAGAUAUUAAAUAAGUGCUGAGUGAUUCACUGUCGGUGCACAAGAUUCUAGCUUGGAGGUCGCAGGAUCGAAACCUUCCUCUCUAGUGGUAUGGUCUGCGUACACUCUACCCUCUCAAGACCUCACUUGUGGGAUUUCAUCGGUAUGUUGUUCUUGUUGUUGCAAGUCUAAUUGAGAUAUUAUAUGCACGCUUUUGAAUAUUAUUCUGCAGAUUUUCUGUUUACGAAACUGGCUAUUUGAAGCCCUCGCUCCUCCAUGUUUAAUAAGAUUAUAGACAGAAUAUUUCAAUCAUU